GUAUAUUCACAUGUAACGCCUUUUCAAGUCGGUUCUCGCGUGUAGCAGUUCGCAGGUGAUUGCGUUAUGCAACAAACAUCAUUUAAAUACAGGCAUUAUUGAAGGCAGCUAACGGGGUCUCAAAAUAAACCAGCAUGGCCUCUCGCGAGGUUUACUGUAUUGCGUGCGUGCGUGCGCGCGUUGUUCCUGGGGUAACAGAUGGCAACUUUCAAGCACCAGAUACGUUUUAACUCUCUUCUAAAGAAAAGGCGCAGGAAAAUCGUUAAAUAUGAGUGUGGAAGAAUGUCCAUAUUGUGGAAAGCCAUUCAAACGGUUGAAGUCUCACCUUCCUCACUGCAAAAUGGCACCAAUUGCCCAACCCACGAAAACCUUUAAAACACCCCAAGAUCUCCCCAAGAGUGCAACCACUUCCAAACUGAAGAGCAGCACAGCAGAUAAGAAUAUGAUUUUUGAUGAGAGACAGGCUUUCGAAGACAGAAGAAAUUCCAAUAAAUUUAUUCCAAAUAAGUCAGAAAGUUUUCAAGCGACUACUGAAGUCACACCCGUUGCAAGCACACAGAGACCCAAAAGCAAAUGGUCUGCUAAAAGACAGAAAGAGCGUGAGUCGAUUUUACAGAAGUCAAAGAGCACUACCUCAUUAUCAGAUCAUGAAGGAGAUAAAAGCUUUUGUGAGAUCACUAAUGGACAAACACAAACAUCUCAAACUAAUGGAAAAACUACUAAAGCCAAAAAGAAGAUAAAAGUGCAACCAUUAUCAGAACAUUUAUCCAUCACCAAGAGUAACAUCACAGUCCCAACCAUUCAAAAAAACACAAAUCUUCCAUCUGUACACGAAAAUCCAAAACUCAGAAAAGUUACUAUCUUGGAGGAGACCGAACCAAACGGCCAAAGCAGUGAUGUUCAUCCAGUAUCAACAGUAAAAGAGCUCAAAGCUCCUACUUUCUUUACAUCCAAGACUUCUGUGUGGGACCACAUCAAAGACAGUUUGUAUAAUAAAAGAUCUUAUAAUCUGGUAGUGCCUUGUCUCGUUUCGGAACCUCACAAAGGUUUUGCUUUUGAGACCCAAGAUAUUUCUGUUAACAUGCAACAAUCAAAUCAGCUUGAAACCGCAAAGGUUUCCUCUACACCCUCAAUCUGUUUCUUUGAAACGUCCAUUCAACGACCAGUAGAAGACGCGCAUGGAUCAAGAUUGCCAUGUCUAGGAUUGAAUCCCGAGAUAAUGACAGCCUACAGGAUACUGAUCUCCACUAAACCUGUCAGAAACUCCUCUAAUGAGAAUAUGUGGAACAAGCAUCGGUUUCCUCGUCCAUCAUCUAAUAGUAAAGUGCCUCUCAUACAGCAGAAACUUGGAGAUGUGAGAUUAAAUGAACUCGGUGUUUGGCUUGGAGCUAAAAGUCCAAAGUCAUCCAGAGAGACUGUGACCAUGUUGAAACAAGGUUGGCAGUGGUACUACCGAAAGUAUAUUGAUGUUCGUAAAGGAGGAAUGGGUGGUAUAUCUCUGCUGUUUGCUGGCUACUGUGUCCUGUGUUAUAUAUGGAGAUACCCACAUCUAAAGAAAGAACGAUGGAGGAAAUACCAUUAAGGAUAUCUGGUAUUUGUUCAUCUGCCCGUAGCUUGACAUUUUGGAAAUGAGGCACGCUUGGGUUAACAUUCAAGGUUUGGAGGAACAACUUUGCUAGAUUAUACUCACAGCAACUGUCACCCCGUUUGCCAUGCAAUAAUUGUUAUGAAUUAAUAAUGUUGACGAAAAAACAAACUUAUCUGAAAGCUCAUAUUUAUCUUAAAGGAAUAUUCCAUUUUCUUAAAAGAAAAAUCCAGAUAAUU